AUGGAUCUUCAAAACCUUUUGUUUAUUCUCACCAGCUUCCUGUUUCUCUUUGUACUAUUCAAUUUAGUUAUUAAGAAAUCCACUUGUAAUAAGACGAAUUUACCCCCAGGGCCAUGGAAACUACCACUGAUAGGAAAUAUCCACCAACUUGUUGGUUCUUCACAACUCCAUGAAACCCUAAGAAACUUAGCAUCCAAAUAUGGACCCUUAAUGCACCUUCAACUAGGAGAAGUCUCCCACAUCAUAGUUUCUUCACCUGAAAUGGCACAAGAGAUUAUGAAGACUCAAGAUCUCAACUUUUGUGAUAGGCCUCAUGAAACUCUUUUUGCUAGAAUUAUUACUUACAAUGGAAGAAGCGUCUCCUACGCUGCCUAUGGAGACUAUUGGAGACAACUAAGGAAGAUAUGCACCAUGGAGUUAUUAACAACAAAGCGUGUUCAAUCUUUUAGUCAAGGCUCCAUUUUUAAUCUCUCUCACAAGAUUUUAUCAACGACCUAUGGAAUAGCGGCUAGAAUAGCAUUUGGUAAAAAGUAUAGCUACCAGGAAGUUUUUAUAUCAUCUAUUGCGGAAGCAUCUCAAAUAGGAGGAAGAAAUUGUAUUGUUGAUCUGUAUCCUUCAAUUAGAGUAUUGCUUGAAAUGAUGAGUAGAGACAAGGCUAAACUUGAAGAACUGCACACAAAGAUUGAUAAGGUAUUACAAGACAUCAUAAAUGAUCAUAGAAAUAGAAAAGAUGGCAAAUGUAAUGAAGAAGAAGGUAGUGAAGAUCUAGUUGAUGUUCUUCUCAAAUUUCAACAAAAGGACUUUGAAUAUCCCUUGACUGAUGACGAUAUCAAAGCAGUCAUACAGGACAUGUUUACUGGUGGUGGAAAAACAUCCUCAGCAGUUGUGGAAUGGGCAAUGGCUGAAAUGAUAAAGAAACCAAAAAUGAUGGAAAGAGCACAAUCUGAGGUUAGAAGGGUUUAUGGUAGCAAAGGGUAUGUGGAUGAAUCAGAAUUGCACCAAUUGAUAUACCUUAAGUGUAUCAUCAAAGAAACCUUAAGGUUACAUCCACCUGUGCCAUUGUUAAUUCCAAGACAAAACAGAGAACCGUGCCAAAUCAAAGGGUACCAAAUUCCAGCUAAUUCUAGAAUCAUGAUCAAUGCUUGGGCAAUUGGAAGAGAUCCAAGGUAUUGGGUUGAUGCCAUAGAAUUUAAGCCUGAGAGGUUUGUUGAUAAUUAUUCAAUUGAAAAUAGAAGCACAAACUUCGAGUUUAUUCCAUUUGGUAGUGGAAGAAGAAUGUGUCCCGGGAUUGCAUUUGCUACACCAAACAUGGAGUUGCUACUUGCUCAAUUGCUUUAUCAUUUUGAUUGGAAGCUUCCCAAUGAAAUCAAGAAUGAGGAACUUGAUAUGACUGAGUUGUUUGGAAUGGCUAUGACAAGAAGAAAUGAUCUCUGCUUGAUUCCUAUUAUUUUCGUUCCUUCUUCCUUUCUACCACACCCCAUGGAAUUUCAAAACCUUUUGUUUAUUCUCACCACCUUCGUCUUUCUCUUUGUGCUAUUCAAAACAGUUAUUAGCAAAUUCAGUUCUAAUAAAAAGACCAAUUUACCCCCAGGGCCAAGGAAACUACCACUCAUAGGAAAUAUCCACCAACUUGUUGGUCCAUUACCCCAUCAAUGCUUAAGAGACUUAGCAUCCAAAUAUGGACCCUUAAUGCACCUUCAACUAGGAGAAGUCUCCAACAUCAUAGUUUCUUCACCUGAAAUGGCACAAGAGAUUAUGAAGAAUCAAGAUCUAAACUUUAUUGAUAGGCCUCAUGAAACUCUUUUUGCUAGAAUUAUUACUUACAAUGGAAGAAGCGUUUCCUUCGCUGCCUAUGGAGACUAUUGGAGACAAUUAAGGAAGAUAUGCACCAUGGAGUUGUUAACAGCAAAGCGUGUUCAAUCUUUUAGGUUCAUCAGAGAAGAAGAGGUCUCGGAGAUGAUUAAAACAAUAUCUGAAAGUGAAGGGUCCAUUGUUAAUCUCAGCAAGAAGAUUUUCUCAUUAACAUAUGGGAUCGCAGCUAGGGCAGCAUUUGGUAAGAGGUGUAGUUACCAGCAAGCUUAUAUAUCAGCUAUUGAGGAAUUAAUGCUACUAGCAGGAACAAAUUGUGUAGCAGAUCUCUAUCCUUCUGUUAGGGUGUUUCAAGUGAUGAGUACAACCAAAGCCAGGAUGGAAGAACUUCACAAAAAGACUGAUAAAAUAUUACAAGACAUCUUAGAUGAUCACAGGAAUAGAAAAAGUAGUCAUCACUGUGAAGAAGUUGAAGAUCUAGUUGAUAUUCUUCUCAAGUUUCAAAAGGAGUCAGAAUUCUCCUUGGAUGAUGAAUGCAUCAAAGCAGUUGUUCAGGACAUGUUUGUUGGUGGUGGCGAAACAUCAUCGGCGGUUGUGGAUUGGGCAAUGGCUGAGAUGAUAAAGAAACUAAAAGUGAUGGAAAGAGCACAAUCUGAAGUUAGAAGGGUUUAUGGUAACAAAGGAUAUGUGGAUGAAUCAGAAUUGCACCAAUUGACAUACCUUAAGUCUAUCAUCAAAGAGACAUUAAGAUUACACCCAUCUUUGCCUUUCUUAGUUCCAAGAAGGAACAGAGAGACAUGCAAAAUCAUGGGAUAUGAUAUUCCAGCAAAUUCUAAGAUCAUGAUCAACUAUUGGGCAAUUGGAAGAGAUCCAAGGCUUUGGGUUGAUGCUGAGAGUUUUAUGCCAGAGAGAUUUUUAGAUAGUUCAAUUGAUUACAAAGGCACAAACUUUGAACUUAUUCCAUUUGGUGCUGGAAGAAGAAUUUGUCCCGGAAUUGCAUUUGCUACACCAAACAUGGAGUUGCCACUUGCUCAAUUGCUUUACCAUUUUGAUUGGAAGCUUCCCAAUGGAAUGAACAAUGAAAAACUUGACAUGACCGAAUUGUUUGGGACUACUGUAAGAAGAAGAAAUGAUCUCUGUUUGAUUCCCAUUAUUGUCAAGAAUAUGCAUAAAAAAUAACAAUGUAAUUAGCAGUUAGGAUGAUUAGUUACAUAUAGUUAAUUAGCCUUGGUGUGUUUGGUUAGAUAAUUCUAUUAGUAAUUCUGUUUGAUGCUGUUUUCAUUCCAGCAUAGUGUGUGUUAUCUAUGUAAUUAAGCUCCAUAUAAGGCUAAACUUUGCUAUGGUCAAUAACACAAUUUUCCAUUUCCUUCUUUUACUAA